ACUACAUACCAUUCGUCGAAUUCGAAUACUUAAUUAGUGAAUAGUCGGAAAAACCUGUGUAACAGUAUGAGCAAGAUCCUAAACAUUGGAUUUCUCGGAGGAGGCAAAAUGGCGCAGGCGAUGGCCAAAGGAUUCAUUAGUGCUGGUAGCAAUCUUUGCUAGAUCAGUAAAAAUGAACAGACGUUCUUAUCAACAAUUUGUUUAGUUUUCGAAUGUGAGAUUCAAGAUUCAAAGAAAUAAAAAAAAGACUCAGUUCAACUGCUGUGCUUCAUAUUCGUCGUCGUGCAUACCAUGAUCUCAAUAUUCCUAAUUAUUUGACUUUAUGUCUAACCAAAGGAGAGAACCUGAGCGCUAGUUUCCAUCCAUCCGAUCUGCCCAACAUUGAAGCGUUCAAUACGAUUGGAGCGAAAACAUUUGUGGAAAACCUUCCGGUAGUCCAACGCUCCGAAGUAAUCUUCAUUUCAGUGAAACCAUCGGUCAUUUCGAACGUUUUAGCUAACGUUAGACCUGCCAGUACUGGUAAAUUGUUUAUCUCCAUUGCGAUGGGCGUAUCACUUGCGGAACUGGAAAAGUCUCUCGAACCGAAGGCACGUAUCAUCAGAGUCAUGCCCAAUACACCAGCGCUGGUCCGAAGUGCAGCUUCGGUUUAUGUUAGGGGUAAAACAGCAAACGCUGAAGAUUGUACCCUAACGAAGACUCUUUUCGAAGCCAUCGGUACCUGCGAGGAAGUGCCAGAGAAUAUGAUGGAUCCUGUAACAGCACUGUCUGGAAGCGGUCCUGCAUAUAUUUUUGUGUUGAUUGAGGCUCUUGCCGACGGGGGAGUCAAAAUGGGAUUGCCACGCGAUUUGGCAUAUCGAUUAGCUUCCCAAACUGUAUUAGGAGCUGGGAAGCUUGUAUUGGAAUCUGGCAGACAUCCAGGGCAGUUGAAAGAUGAUGUAACAAGUCCAGCAGGAUCAACAGCCGCCGGACUGGCAUUCUUGGAGAAGAAUGCCUUCCGACAUGCCGUUACCGGAGCGGUUGAGGCCGCGACACUUCGCUGUCGUGAAGUUUCUAGCAGCAAAUGAUACCUGUAACAACAUUGCUGUACUUCACACUCAGGCACACACGGGAACUGUAGAUACUUAUUAGGUUAAUAAAUAAUAGCAAACAUCGCUCUGGUAGACAAUAAAACGAGUCUCUAAACAAUCACAA